CAGGGGACCCAGGGCCUGGUUCCUCCAUCCAGAAAACCUAUGACCUCACCCGAUACCUGGAGCACCAACUCCGCACCUUGGCUGGGACCUACGUGAGUAUCUAGGGCAACUUAGGGGUCUAGGAAUUGGGUGAAGAAUGAGAAGAGGAGUUGGGGGAAGAGAGACAGAGUGGUGGAGGGGUCCUGAUGAAUGUAGGGUGAUGAGGAAGGGACCUGUGGCUCUAAACAGUCUCUGUAUCUGGCAUAUCUCUUGCCCUUCCCUCUAGGGUGCCCCCUCCUCCCCAUCCCAGGCCCCAGGACUAGGCAUGUGGGCAGGCCUCGCACCCGCCUUGGCCCAUUGCCCCACUGGCUGACUGCCCAGCCGCCCGCCUCCCCCUGGGGGCCGGGGAAGUCUCCUCUGUUUACACCGUGUUGUGGUGUCUCUUGCACGGGUGGGGCUGGGUGGGGAUGGAGGGGCCCCACCUCCCAUGCCUGUGUUCCAGCUCGCCUCUGCCCCAGACCUGGGGCCCUGCUGCUCUGGACCCAUGGGCCUCCCUUCUGUCUGCCUCUCCCGUCCUAACUGGGCCUCCUAGGGGGGACUUAAGGAAAGGGCGCUGCAGGGAACCCAGGCCAGCAGUGGCAGGGGGCUCAGGGUGUGCAUUGAAGUUCUGCCAUAAGAAUUUGGGGGCAGUCCAGAGGUGUUCAGAGAACCCAGGAGAGGAGGAAGGAGGGUCAGAGUUAGCAAGGACCAUGGGGAACUGGCCCCCUCUUCCCGUGUUCCUCCUCCACAUCCCAGACCCUACUCUGAAGCCAGGGAAAGAAAGGGGAGGAGGGUGGCGGGGGAGCUGGCUCCAGCCCCAGGAUACACCGAGGAAAUUAGUUUGUCUCUGUGCUUGUCAGCGUGUGAACCUCCCCCUGGGCCCUUGCCUAUCCCAAGCCUCGCCCCUCUCUUCUCCCUUUCUCUCCCCGCGGCGCCGUCUCCCUCAGCCCUUUCCCUGGGCCCCAGGCUUCUCUCCUGGGGAUUGGCAGGGCUCUGUCCUCUUCCCUAGACUGACUUCCAUACCCUUCCUCCAGCCUGACUCAUGAGACUGCCUCAGUUUCUUCUUACUGCAGUCCUACUGCCAUGGGCUGAGCCCUUCCUUGGGGGUUAGUGUGUCCCUUCCGUCCACAGCCCUUCAGCUGGUGGGACUGGGCAUGUCAAGAGGCAAAUGGAACUCCAGUGCCCACAGGCCCCUCUGCCUUCUGACCUGCUUUUCCUGUCCAGAAAACCUCUGCUUCACUCUGCUACCCCCUCUAGUUCCCGACCCUUUUUCUCUCCUGGCUUUCCCUGCCAAAUUUCUCUGAAGGAGUGGUCUACACCCUCUGCCUCCACUUCCUCUCCACCCACUCACUCCUUAACCCCCUGCGAUCUGGCUUCCAGGCUACUGAAACGGUUCUCUCCGAGGUUGUCAGGCACGUCCUUGCCAAACCCAGCAGCACUUCCUAAGGCUCAUUCUCCUUGCUCUCUGUUUUACAGCCACACUGUUGAGCACUGCUGCCUUCCUGAACUCCUCUUCUUGGCUCUGCAUUCUCCUGGUCCAUCUCCUACCUCUGCAGCCUGGCCUCCUGGGUCCCCAUGGCUCCUCUUCUUCUUCUGCCCUGCCUCUCCGGUGGGUGGGUGCCCUCUGAAGGCCUGCACGCCCAACCAGUCGCUGAACUACCUGGGCCCCCCUUUCAACGAGCCUGACUUCAACCCACCUCGGCUGGGGGCAGAGACUCUGCCCAGGGCCACUGUCAACUUGGAAGUGUGGCGAAGCCUCAAUGACAAACUGCGGCUGACCCAGAACUACGAGGCCUACAGCCACCUUCUGUGCCACUUGCGCGGCCUCAACCGCCAGGCUGCUGCCGCUGAGCUGCGCCGCAGCCUGGCCCACUUCUGCACCAGCCUCCAGGGCCUGCUGGGCAGCAUUGCGGGUGUCAUGGCAGCCCUGGGCUACCCGCUACCACAGCCUCUGCCUGGUGCUGAGCCCGCCUGGGCCCCUGGCCCUGCCCACAGUGACUUCCUCCAGAAGAUGGACGAUUUCUGGUUGCUGAAGGAACUGCAGACCUGGCUGUGGCGCUCAGCCAAGGACUUCAACCGGCUCAAGAAGAAGAUGCAGCCCCCAGCAGCUGCGGUCACCCUGCACCUGGAGGCCCAUGGCUUCUGAUCUUUGACCUUCACCACCUCCUCUUCCCCUCCCCUUCCAACCCUGCUCCCACUCUGGGAGGGAGAAACCUGUAUGCCAACACCUGUUGAGCCAGGACACAGAAGCUGUAAGCCUCUGGCCCUUCCGGACUUGGAUAGGGUGUGAUGCAAUAAGGCCCAUCCCCUCCCCACUUCCCAAAGUUCUGCAGGUCUGGGGAAGAGGUGCAAUAGGCCCUGUCCCAUCCCAUUUCUACAGGAAGCAAUGCUCAAGGGAGCCUGCAGCGGUCCAGGUCGGUGUGCAGGCUCUCCCAGCGGCCUGCUUCCUGCCCACCGCCUGCCAGUGCCCAGCGAGCCCCUCAAGUGGCACUUCAGAAGGUGUGCCUCUAGGGCAGGGAGGGCCCCACGGCGUGUGCCUUUCCCCGGUGAAGCCCAGCGCUGCCCCACACUCCUUAGAUGGGUGUUGCUCCCCUACCCCCAAUUAACUCCGUACGCUCAAUCAGGAAACGAACACAGUGGCAAGUCUGAACAGGAAGAGAUGGGAUUAAAAAUGGGAGAGGUAGGGUCUGCAAUGGAGGUAAUACUGAAAGCAGAGGGGCAGGGACAGACUGAACCCGGGGGUCACCAAGGCACAGGGUGGCCACUGAAGGACCUUGUCUGGAAUUUUCUUGCCAGCAUCAUGGUACCUCCUCUCCACCCGCUUUUCCAGGGUAUCUGUGGGUUGCCCAGCCUGGGGAGGGCAGUCAUAGCCACAGCCACGGGAUUUCCUGAAAGUUUACAUUGCAGUAGCAUUUCGGGGGUGUGGGGGCAGCUCCCCCAGGCCCUGCACCCCAGCCCCAACCACUCAUGACUCUGUUUGUUGUAUUAAUAUUUAUUUAUUUGGAGAUGUUAUUUAUUAGAUUAUAUUUAUUGCAGAAUUUCUAUUCUUGUAUUAACAAAUAAAAUGCU